AUGCUGAAAGAGACUUCUUCCAUUAAUGAUAAGUCAGAUGCAUUAAAUGGUGAAGUUGUUAAAGCUCUUCAAGAGAUUUCUGUAAUCUUGAAAGAAAUUCAGGAAAUUCAAGAGACAAACUUUAUUGCAGUCUCCAAUAUAAAGAAUGCUCUUAAUGUCUUUGUGCAGCUCUUGCUGCUUGCUCAGCUCUGCCUCAAAAAGGAUCUGCUUAAGCUUCUUGCUAUCAUAAACUGUUUUCAAAACCCUGACUCUGAUCAGGAGUCUUCAAUUUUCUCUGUUUUCAACCAAGCAACAAAGUAUGACACUAAAGAUACACCAGUGGUCAAAAAUCCUGAUGCCAACAAGAAGAAUGCUGAAAAGAAUGAUGCUGACAACAAGAAUAUCAACAAGAAUGAUGCUGACAAGAAUGCCAACAACAAGAAUGCCAAUGAGAAGGGUGCUGAAAAUGAGAAUGCUAAAAAAGCUGAUGCAAAUGUUACUUUCAAUGUUAGCAGCAAAGAUUUCCAAAACUGGUUUUUCAGUCAGGGUGAUCUAUAA